AUGAAUCGACCAACUCAUAUUAUUGAUCCCGAUGGCGAAGUGGUGAUAAUAUUGCGCAAUGCCAAUUCUCCUUUUGCGGAACCGGAUGAAGAUAUGGUUGCCAACUUUGUCUCUCAACCCUUUCCAGAAAAAUGCAAUUCUGUCCAGGAUCCUACAGAGAACGUUGAAACAUCAAUGGGCCAUAUGGCAAAGUCAAUGCGAACUUCUAAGGGGAAGAAGAAGAAGAAGAAAGUAUCUAGCGCUGUUUGGACUUCUUUUGAGCCGACUCCACUGCCAGUACAAGAGUUUGCCCCAGAGCUUGUCGAAGAGUUUGCCCCAGAGCCUGUCGAAGAGUUCGUCCCAGAGCCUGCCGAAGAGAGUGGCCCAGCGCCUGCUGAAGAGCAACCUGCCGAAGAACAGCCUGCUGAAGAACAACCUGCUGAAGAACUACCUGCUGAAGAACUACCUGUCGAAGAUCCGAUCGAAACCGGGAUUGACUGUGAACAGCAGGACGAGAGUUGCUUCCGCAUCCAAGUCUCUGCGAAGCAUCUAAUGCUUGCCUCUUCCGUUUUCAAGAAAAUACUCAAUGGCGGCUGGAAGGAAAGUGUUACUUAUCUGCAAAAAGGCUCAGUCGAGAUCGAUACAGAGGGCUGGGAUAUCGAAGCGCUUUUGAUCCUACUCCGUGCUAUUCAUGGUCAACAUUACCAUAUACCCCGAAAGUUAACUCUCGAGAUGCUUGCUAAGGUAACCGUCCUAGCCGACUACUAUGAAUGUAAGGAAGCCAUGUGCGUUUGGACGACUAUCUGGAUCGACGCUGUGGACGAAAAGAUCCCCUCGACAUAUUCUCGAGAUUUAUUUCUGUGGUUAUGGAUUUCCUGGUUUUUCCAACUCCCAACCCAGUUCAAAGAGGCAACAUCGACUGCCAUGUCACGGAGUAACGGUCGGAUUCACAACGGUCUGGGGCUUCCGAUACCUGAUAAAGUCAUGGGUAAGCCUAGGCGAACUCUAAAUGUGCCCAGUCUCUAA